AUGGCUGCACCAAGCAGUCUGCCAGCUCUGCUGGACUCUUUGACACAGUCAUUGGCGACUUCGCUGGACGCAGCACCCAAGAAUUCAAUUGCGCCACCUCAGAAUGGCAUCUCGCUCCUCGACGUCAAGAACGAGCUUCUUCUUUCCUACCUCCAAAAUCUGGUUUUCCUGAUCUUGCUCAAGCUUCGCAACGCUAAGAAGCAAUCUAGCGACGAUGGGAACGCCGACGACACUACGCAGGCAGUCGUCAAGAAGUUGGUGGAACUGAGACUUUACCUGGAGAAGGGUGUUCGCCCUCUCGAAGACAAGUUGCGCUACCAGAUUGAAAAGAUCCUGCGCGCUGCGGACGAUGCCGAGAGAAACGCCAAAGCCGCCGAGGCAGCGGAGGGAGGCAACGGCGACAACUCCGAAUCUGCGUCCGACGACGAAUCAGGCAGCGAGGAGGAGUCCGACGAUGAGGAAGACCUCAAGGCUUCCGCCAUGCAAGCGCGACCAGACGCCUUCGUCCGUCCCGCCGCGGCCUCUGCCGCUGUCGCAGCCGCCAAAAAGGAUGGAGUCUACCGUCCGCCAAGGAUCGCCCCUACAGUCAUGCCUUCGGAGCGCCGCGAGAAGACCGACCGUCGCCCCCACAAGUCUGCUGUCAUGGACGAGUUUAUCGAGACCGAAAUGUCCACCGCUCCCCUCGCAGAGCCAAGUAUUGGUACAACCAUUGUGUCUGGAGGUCGCAGGAUGAAGACGGCGGCGGAGCGCAAGGACGAGGACGAACGCCGCGAGUACGAAGAAACCAACUUUGUCCGUCUCGCUCCCAAGAGCAAGAAGGAGCAGGCUAAGGAGAACGCGAGAACCGGCCGCAGUGGUCGCAUGCAAUUUGGCGGAGAGGAAUGGAGAGACUUGGGAGAGGGCGUGGACCGCAUCAACAGACUCACUGCACGCAAGAAGAGCGGCGGUACCCGCGAUCUCCUCGACAAGAGCCGGAAGCGCGGGAGAGAGACGACAGACGGGCCGAGGGGCAGCGGCCAAAGAGCCGAGAUGGGAGAGCGUUUCCAGAAGCGUGUCAAGACCCUGGAGGCGGGCAGACGCGACAGAGGCAAGCGAUAG